UGCGUGGUCUUCCUGGAGCUGUUCCUGCAGAUAGCAGAGAAACACUACAUGGUGGGGCACAGGGUCACUUACUACGUCUUCACCGACCAGCUGGUUGCUGUGCCCCGUGGGCCACUCUGGGAGGGCCAGAGGAUGGUGGUCGUCGAGGUCCGCGGCAUCCUGCUCUGGCAGGAUGUGUCCAUGUGGCACAUAGCGAUGAUCAGACGCUUCCGCGAGCAGCGCUUCCUCUGUGAUGUGGAAGACCUGGUGUCCGUGGACGUGGAUGCAGAAAUGAAGUUCUGGGAACAUGUGGGCAUGGAGAUCCUGUCUCCCCUCUUUGGCACCGCACACCUCGGUUUCUACUGGGUAGCCCAUGAGGACUUUAGCUAUGAGCGCUGGACACAGUCCCCCCACAUCCCCAGGUACCAGGGCAACUUUUACUACAUGGGGGCCUUUUUUGGGGAACUGGUGGUGGAGUUUCCCCGAAUGACCUCAGCCUGUCACCGGGCAAUGGUCGUCAACUGGGCCAAUGGAAUUGAGGCUGUGUGGCCCGAUAAGAGCCACCUGAACAGGUACCUGCUGGGACGCAGGCCCACCAAGGUGCUGUCCCCGGAGGACCUGUGGGACCCAUGGCUGCUGGGCUGGCCCCCUGUCAUGGAGAAGCUGAGAUUUGUAGCUGUGCCCAAGAAUCCCCAGGAUAUCUGGACGUCACGAGGGACUGCCCCCGUCUCCAUCAGGGGGUGCUGCCUUGAGCAGAGCGGCUCACUGUGCCACAUACCCCCUCAGUCUCCCUGGGCCCAAGUCUUCCUCUAUUCGCGGACCAUCCUUGACCCAGGCUCCACACGCUGGGACUGGGAGCAGGUCGUCUGGACCUUCUGGACUCUCGCUUCCGUGCCCGUGACAUGGGCAUAG